ACUCAGAAAGGGAGGUGUGUCAGCAGGGAAGGACAGAGACCGUUCAGCGCUGCUCCCAGUGAAGCAUCCAGCAGCUUCUCCUGGACACAGAAGAACCGGAGCUGAAGAUGUUGUUGCUCUUGGUGUGCGGUGUCCUGCUUGCAGUUCAACACUCAGAAGCCACGCAGGUUGCGUGUUACAGCACGUUCAGUCAGGAGACGGGCAGCUGCUCUGGCCUCCUGGGGGAUGGUGUGGAUCAGGACGACUGCUGCCUCAACCCGCUCUACGGCUUCGACCGGGGCGACGGGAAGUGCAGGUCCUGCCGCCCAGCAGCCUGGAGCCCCUGGAGCCCCUGGUCCAAGUGCAGCGUGAGCUGCCUCGAGGGGGUGCGGCAGCGGCGCCGGCGCUGCGACGGCGUGGGGGAGUGCCCGGACCCGGAGGCGCAGGGCACCCUGCAGACAGCGCCCUGUGAGGAGCAGGCCUGCUGCCCAGAGGCCGGGGGCUGGGCCGAAUGGGCCCCAUGGCAGCCGUGCUCGGUGACGUGCGAGAACGGGGUGAAGAAGAGACAGAGGAGCUGCUCUUCGCCGCCCCCUGCGUGCGGGGGCAGAUGCAUCGGCCUGGACGACGAAACUGCUGCUUGCUUUACCCAGGUGGUUUGUCCAGUCCAUGGAGGAUGGUCUGCCUGGGGCUCCUGGUCAGGCUGUUCCAGCAACUGCCAUGUCGAGGGCUCUGGAAGCUUCCCGCUGCGCAAGCGUGUUCGAACCUGCACCCAGCCGCCCCCCUCCCAGGACCCCCCAGGGCACCUCUGCGUGGGCCAGGCGGUGGACGAGCAGCAGUGCACCAGCCUGCCGUUUUGCCCCGUGGACGGGAGCUGGGGUGCCUGGAGCCCCCCUGGCCCCUGUUCUGUAACCUGUGGCCUUGGACUGACGCGGAUGAGCCGGCGGUGUGACAGCCCUGCCCCCAGGCACCAGGGCCGGCCCUGUGAGGGCAGUGACACCAUCCAGUCCCUGUGCAACACCAGGACACACUGCCCAGUGGAUGGCUUUUGGUCAGAGUGGGACCCCUGGGACAAUUGCACCCGCUUUGGGCGUCCAAGCAUCAAUUGUAAGACCACUCCUGGGAUUCAGAAACGGACCCGGACCUGCCUGUGGACUGACUUUGGUGGACAGCCCUGCCCCGGGGACUUCAUCGAGACACGAAACUGCUUUGAUGUUAGAAACUGCUUCUUGAGAGGUGCGCACAGCUGGUCGGAGUGGAGCGCGUGGGGCCUGUGUGAGCCCAGCUGCGGAGCAGGCAGCCAGAAAACUCGGACCCGCAAGUGCCAGCCGGACUACUCCAGCUACCCGAAGGAAGUGGGUUUAAAGAAGGAAGAGGUCUUUUUCUGGGGAACCCCUCGGAUUCGCUGUGAAAAACUGGGUGAUCAGACGGUGAAGGUGGAGCAGAAGGAGCCCUGUUAUAACGUUCCAGAUUGCGUGUAGCAGUGACCCCCAGAAAUGUUCUCUCAGCCUAUGGAGGAUUCUCUCAACCUCUGGAAGACUUGGAUUUCUUACUGCAUAUUCUCCUUCAAUAUAUCAGACAUGUCUGGAAAUAUUAAGAUCUUCAAACGGAGAGCCUGUGGAUUAACGGAAUGUACACAUGUCUUUCCUUGCCUGCAUCAAGGAAAUAGUUUUGUUAAUUGGAAAGAGAGCAAAAGUGAUUUCACACCCACACAGGCCCUCUUAUGGCCAGUGGCUCAAGACACGUCUCACCAGGGGCUGUGGGCAAAGACGCCAACAGAGACCAAUUCAUGUUUCACCAUGAAUUUAAUGAACACCUAGUGCUAAAUUAACAUUCAAUUUGCUUACAGGCACAUCCACACAAAUUUCAGUUUUCAUGCAGGAGGUCUGCUGUGGAGAGGGGGAAGAGUCUGGUUGUCAAAAUAUCUGUAAAUAAAAUAUACAAAAGCAACAGUACAUAGCAGAUGUAUGUGAUGAAAUGUGUUGGAAACAUCAAUAAAAGCAAGUUAACACAA